GUUUACACACAACGAACCAGGGAACCUUUUGAACAUCUCGUGUUACAAGCUCGCUUAAAAGCUCGCCCGGAGAAGCGCAUUUCUCUCUAACGACGCGGCAUUGAGACUUCUCUUCUCUCAACGGUGACCGAAAGUUAUACCGGCGCUGCAUCGAAAUGGGACACUUGUCGAUGGCGACCAGCUGCGUCCUCGUGGCACUCGCGCUGCCGAGGCUCAUCUGCGGACGUCCUGCGACGAUCGGCGACGACGGGUCGAUCUUGAGCACGUUGGAAUCACGUGUCUCGAAGCCGGAGGAUUUCUCGGAAUUAAAAGCGAUCUCGUCGCUCAUCGAGCAAGAAGACUUGAAAAUUCCAGUUAAAUUACGAUCAAAACGCCUGUCGGAUCAGAGACGAGCUGAGCUGGAAGCGCUGGUGACUUUGUCGAAAGUUUGUCCCCCGUUGCUGCAGAGUAUACAGGAAAACGGACGACUGGAUCCAGAAAGAAUCGGCCGGCGAAAGCGUUUCACGGUGGAUCAACCUCCCAUCGAACUGGCGCCUAUCAAAGGGAAGCACAUCGGGGAUCCGGCGUAUUCUCUAAUUAGCUGAAUAGCGUUCGACAAAUGAAAGCGUGUAUUUCAUAUCACGAGGGAUGAGCCUGACACGUUUAAAAGGGAAAACAUUCUUUGACACACAUUCCGUUUCACGAAACGACUACUUAGGAAAGUUAGCAAACUCACAAAACGAAGAUUAUAUUUCGCAACGACAUGGAGGGGUGAAGAAUAAAUCAUAGAUUUCUUAGAUUCAUAUCUAUACUAUAUGUAAUUUGAUAAAAAUAUAUGGGUGGAAAAAAUGGACAAAUUACUUAUUGAUAGAUUAUUUAUUUAUUUAUUUAUUUAUAUGGAUCGAAUAUCUUUGAAUAAAGGCUGAUUGCUAAAAAACA